AAGAAGAUAAGAGAAAAGGAAUGACGGAGGAACAGAAAGAGAUGCCAUACGUGUGUUUCAAGACGCUAGACAAGGUUUAUGGAAUCGACGUCUGCGAUUUGCUUUCUCCGCCCAAGGAGGAGGAGCAGGCGGUGGUGACUUGGGAUUCUCUUCCUCCGAUUCCAGCUGCUUUCAAGGCUGAUCUUCCGGCUUUCUGCACGCGGCUUGUGGAGUUCGACUCCAACUUCUAUCUCCUCGGAGGUCUUCGCUAUUGUCCUGCCGGCUAUGCUUGUGAUGGUCCUCCUUCGGUCAAAACAUUCCAACUUCUUCUCGAAGCAGAAGCAGUUAACGUGCAAGGAGGUGGACUUAAUCCCUGAGCCACCUAUGAGCUUCUACAGUAAUUUUUUUUUCGGAAUACGUAGAAAUCAAGGGGGGUUAUUAUUUCAUCAAGUUCAAUCCUAUAAUGCCUAUUCAAGAAGUACCAGAUCGGUUCUGGGCUCUGCGCUCGCGUACAUAUGACUGGAAAUCUAAUGUAUUUGAAACACAACAUUUUGUGUUUGGGGACAAAAUAUAUUUUCAAACCAUUUAUGUUACAGAUGAGGCGUAUGAGGCAUUUACGAGGAUAAAGCCUUCGCCCAAUGUUGGAGAGUUUGAAAGUGUGCUUUUUUAUUCCUUUGAUCCACAUGGACUAAACUGGGGGCAGCUGAUGCAUUCAUAGAUUCUUUCGGUUUUACUGUUCAGGGCAGACGUCGCUUCCACUGUCCCAUUAUGACACUGCCUCUUCCAGACGACAGGGAUUAUACCUUUUAUCUUUCUGCUUCUCAUAUUGAAAAAUCCGACCCUUUUGGUGAAUGGGAACAUGGGUAUAAAGCAACCUUACAUGCCUUGCUUGUGAACAAAAGAGGUGUUCGAUUUGUUCAGCCAAUCGAGGGUUGUUUUGACGGCAUCCAACCUGCAUUUUCUGCUGCAUGUCCGGCUCUCGUCUACCUUGGUAACAACAUGAUUUGUGCCAUGUUAAUUGGCUUUGCAGAUGAGUAUGAUCAUUCUAGAACUCCAUUGAUUUGUCUAUCUGUAUUUCAUUUAUCUAUCAUGGAGGAUGCUAUUGAUAUGAAUUACAAUAACAUUAACAGUCCUGCUUCUCAUAAGGUUCAAAAUUUCUUAACUGUUAAUGUAAAGAGUAGACAUAUCUAUUCCAUGGUAGAUUAUUUGAAUUUUUGUCGGAUAGGGGAUGACUAUUACUCAUUUUUAACUGACAUUAGGGAAUUUCUUUGGAUGGAGUCAAAGGAUCCUCCUCUUUUUCCUGUGUCAAAGAGGCCAAAGCUCUUCUAGAGUUAUUUCCAUUUUAACAUACUUCUUUUAUUGAUGUUUUGUUUAGAUUUUCCUUGGAUGUAUUUAUGGUUUAAGAAUUAAGAAGACAUGUUACUUCUAACUGUAUUUUGUGGAUUUGGAAACUUCACAGAGAAAGAAUUGGGUUGAAUUUUUGAAAGAAUUCCUUUGUAAUUCAAUUCUCACAACAAUUGUUCAAUUUGGGAUGAAUGUGAUGUUAUUAAUCGUAUUUAUAAUUUCUUUUUCGUUAAUAAUACAAGAUGCGGGAUUAAGAUGGGCACAAAUAAUAUUUUUGUAUCUAAGUUAGGCUGUUUCAUCAAUUGGCAAAUCGAUAUUUAAUUAGAUUAAGAGAAAGAAAACUAAAAAGCAUACCAUGCAUGUGAAUAGUGAACAAGACCCUUGUCUUUUCUUCUGAUGAUGAUAAUGUGCAACAAAGCUCGAUAACAGGGUUGUUGCAUGAUUCCAUUUUCCGUGUUGCAUUGCUGCUGUGUAUAUACUCAACACUCAAUGACGAAGAUUCUUCACUACUUGUUCGAUUCGUCGCCGGCAAAGAGCGCAACUGGUUAAGUGUAAAGAGUAUGGUAGCAAUAGUGAAUUGGUUUCCUCCAAAUGCAAAAUGGAUUGUAAGCUAGCUUAACUCAAAACACAGAGUAGCUCAAUUGGAAGACAGAAUUGGCUAUGCUAUGUUUUGUGACUUUGUUUUAAUAACUUUUUAGUUAUGGUUGUAUGACUGAUAAAUUUGAACAUCAAUACAUGCAUAAUUUUACGGUCGAUUAACAUAAUUUAUUUGUUUGUUCUUGAAUUCUUGUUUAUGGCAGGGUCCUCAACCACUGUUGCCCUCUGUUGCAUCAGAACCAGAGAUUGUUAGAUAUUGGUAUCCUUGUCUUAGGCCGAUUCUUGGCGAGGAAUCAUGGAAACCACAAAAUGAGUGGGUAAAUUUGAACCUGCCAAUGUUAAUAAAUUAGAUCGAGUGAAUUUAUAUUUAAAAUUGUGAUGAGAAAUGAAACAUAUAUACUCUUUGAUUCAUUCUAAUUGGUAUGUGGAUUAUUAUUUUGUUAUCAACUCUUUAAGGGUCUAAUAUUUUGAUAAAAGGAG